GAGAGAUAUAGAGAGGAUCUCGUGAACCUACAGAACUACGGGCGCCUACAAAUUUCGAUUAUAGUGUGGGGUAUGAUCUGGUUAAGGGACGAUGAAGGGGGCGCAUCGAAGUUAGUCUUUUACGACGGCGAUCUAGACUCUCCGCGCUCUAGAGUGUCCUUACAGUCAGCAAGGGCUGCUUCUAUUCUACGAGCUAGGAGAUUCCUUUAUACAUAA